AUGAAUAGUCAUUAUUUCAACGAUCUUGAUGAGUAUGAACUUGACAAUGAAGAAUCUGUACGUCCUAGAUGGAAAGAGACUAGAGAAUCUAAGAUUGGAAUGGAUUCCUAAAAUCUUCAACCUUUUCGCAAAGAAUUGUUACACGUAUAAGAUUCAAUUAUGCUUCCUAAGACUACUAAUGACAAUUAUAAGAUGACUGAAGAAAGAAUUGAAGCCUUUUAUAGAGAAAAAGAAAUUAUUAUUAAAACGUUUGAGAACUAAAAGGUUCCUCCUCCAUUUUUAAGUUGGGCCUCAGCUGAUUUCCCAACUCCAAUUUUAGAAUCCAUAGAAUAAUUAAAAUUUAAGAAUCCAACAAUAAUUCAAUCAGUUGGUAUUAUAAUAAAUUAAUUAUUAAAUUUAAGUAUUUCCAAUAAUUUUGGCUGGAUAUGAUGUAAUAGGGAUUGCAUAGACAGGUUCAGGAAAGACUAUUGCUUAUUUAUUACCAGGAUUAAUCCAAAUUACAACCUAGAUAACUGAGGAAUUAAACAAUGCAAAAAAAUAAAAUGGACCAUAAAUGUUAAUUUUAGUGCCGACUAGAGAAUUGGCUAUGCAAAUAGAGUCAGAAAUUUAAUUAUUUACGUAAAAUUAUCGGUUAAAAACCCUCUGCAUUUAUGGCGGAAUAAAUAAUAGGAAAAACCAAUUUUAUAACUUAGGAAGGUGUCCAAAUAUAUUGGUGGCUACUCCAGGAAGACUUUUAGAUUUCUUAAGAGAAGAAGCAACAACAUUAGCUAAUGUGAGUUAUCUAGUAAUAGAUGAAGCAGAUAGACUUUUGGAGUUGGGUUUUGAAGAUACAAUUAGGGAGAUAGUGUAGUAAAUUAGGAUAGAUAGGUAAACAGUAUUUUUUUCAGCCACUUGGCCCAAGGCUGUAAAAGACUUAGCAUUUGAUUUUUGUUAAUAUAGCCCAAUUUAUGUUUAGAUCGGGAAAUCGAAUUUAACAAUAAAUAAAAAUAUUGAUUAAGAAAUAAUUUGUCUAUUUUAGAAAGACAAGCUUUAACAACUACUUGAUAUUCUGGACACAUUAAAAAUAUCAGACAAAGUCCUUAUUUUCUCAGAGUAGAAGUAGCGAUGUGAACAGUUGUCCAUAAAUAUGGCCGAUAAAGGAUAUUACACAAUAGCGUUGCAUGGUGAUAAAACAUAACCUCAGAGAGAUGAGAUCAUGAAAGCCUUUCGCAGUGGUUACACUCGCUUAUUAUGUGCAACCGAUUUAGCAUCUCGAGGAUUAGAUGUAACAGAUAUCACUGUUGUAAUUAACUAUGAUUUUCCAAAAUACUUUGACGAUUACAUUCAUCGAAUAGGAAGAACUGGAAGAGGCGAAAAGAAAGGAAAGGCCUUCAGUUUUUUGGCUUAUGACAAAGACGAACCCAGGAUGGCCAAGGAACUCUUGAAAUUGGCUCAAGUGGCUAAUCUUAAAUAUGAUGACUCUGCAUUACAAAAUUUUGCAAUUGGAAUAUGUAAGAAUUAUAUUAUAAUUUAGUCCCUUAAAUGCAGAACGAUUUUGAAUUUGAUAGAUUUAAGCAGUAAUAAUCAAGAAGUAAUAAUUAGAGGGGUAAUUUCUAAUUUUCAAAAAAUUCACAAGAGCAAUAUCAUAAUGAUAACUAAAAAUCUAGGUAAAGAUUAUGUAAUACUAUAUAGAUAUCCUUAAGACAAUAGAGGUUCCUAAGGAGAAAAUAACAAUUAUUCAAAAUAUUCGAAUAUUUAAAAAGAGGAUGGUUCAAAUGGAGAUUCCAAUUAGUAAUAAUAUUUAAUUAUCAAAUAGCAAUUUUAGAUUUAAGGAUAAAUUCUAAGAUUAGAGUUAAUAAUACGGUAGAGAUUCAUAUUAAGGUAGAAAUUAAUGGAAAGAUUAUGGAAAUCAUAAGGAUUAUCGCAAUGAGAAGUCAUAAAAUUAUUAUCAAAAUGGAGAUAAGAAAUAAUUUUAUGGAAAAUAGGAUAGAUUUGAUAACAGAUAAUAGAGAUAGGAAUAAUCAUUUGACCAGAGUAAUAAAUAUAAUAAUGAUCAAAAAGAUAGGCACUAUGAAAAUGGUAGGUAAGAGAGAUAGUUUAGGUAGCAAGGAUAAGAUUGGUCUUAAAAUGGAUAAGAUAAAUAAGAAUAUGGAGAAGAUAAAUAAUUAAAUAGAUAUGAUAGACCGAAAUGGCAAUAAUUUUAAGAGAAUUAAGAUGGAAAUUAUAGAUAAGAUAAAUUUGACAGAUUUAAUAAAAAAUAAUAAUAUAAUAAUCGCUAAUAUCAAGAUCAGGAAGAUGAUAAAGGUCUAUAGAAUGAUAGACAAGGGAAAUCAUAUCGAUAAUAUGAUAGAGAGGAACCAUCAAAUCGAGAAAAUAGAAGAGUGAAUUUUAUUGACCAGUCUGAUGAUAGAUAUGAAAAUAAUCAACAAUAAUAUUAAUCUAGAUUCCCACAUGAGAACAAUUCAAGUAGAUGGGACAAUUAAAGAAAUCAAAAAUAAUAGGAUUACUGGAAUAAUAAUAAAAGAUAAUAACCAUAUUAAUAAAGAUUUAAUGGAGGUUAAGAUAACCCUAGAAGUUUUGAUAACUAAGGGGAAGAUUUUAAGAAUUCUAGAUAAGAAGAAUGUAAAAGACAAUAUACAAGUUAAGCUGAUGAAGGGAAUGCUUAAGAAUGGAAGCAUAAAUAGCAAGAGAAUAACGAUACGAUGAAAAACUAAAAAGAAUAGCAUAGGAAAAAUUAGGUGAGAUUUGAUGUGGAAGAUGAUAAAUAACAUUAAUCUUAUAAUAAUUUUAGUUUCCAAGGAGAUGAUAAUAAAAGAAAUUAUAAACAAAAUAGAUCUUUUAUUCAAGACAGACAUGAAGAUAGUAGGUCUUAGACAUUCAGAAAUAAUGAUUCAAUAAAUCAUCAUAAUUAAAAUUAAGGAAGAAAUUAUUGGGAUUAAAAUGAUAAAAGAAGAAAUGAAAAUUUUAGAGAUACAAGAUAAUCAAAUAAUUAAUAGUUUGAUUUCUAUAAUAAUUCAAGAAAAUAAAAUGAUAAUCAAAAUAGAAUAUAUAGAAAUUAAAUAGAAUAAAAUGGGAAUGAGGAUAAUAAAUUUAAAUCAUUUAGAAAUACUUAAAGUUUAGAAAGAAAUUAAUAAAUUCGAUUUUAUAAUUCAAAAUAAAUUACUAGAAACGGUGUUAAAACUGACGAUUAAUAGAAUAUAGAUUAGUAAUAAAGAUAAAUAUCUAAUAAUAUUUGGAAAAAUAGAAAUAAUGAUCCACAAAAUAAUUAGGAAGAUGUUAUAGAAAAUUAAGAAAUUGCCAAACAAAUUAAGAAUUUAGAUGAAGAUAAGGGUAUGAAAAUAUCAUCAUAAAUUAUUUAAAAGCCAUAAGAAAUGGAAGAGAUUAAUGAACUUUAAGAAUAUAAUUUUAAUUAUAACCCAAAUAAAUCAUCUGAUGAUGGUGAAAUAGAGGAUGAUUAUGAUAAAAUUGAAUAAGAAAACAAGUAAAUAGAUAAUUAGAUAUCUGCCAUCUAAAAUCAUAAUAUUGAUUCAUAAUCAGAACCAUAAACAAAUGAUCAAAUUAAAACAAUAAUAGCUCAAGAACAAUAAGAUGAAAAGAAAGAUUAAAUAUAAAUUGUAGAGGAUGAUGACACUAAAUAAAUAAAAUCUAAUAUUAAUGAAAGGGAAUAAGAUAAUGCAGAAGAUAUUUCUGAUAAUGAAUAUGAUUUUACAAGAUUCAGUAGGAUUCUGGAGUAGGAAAAUCGAUUGAAAUUUGAAUCAAAUCCGCAGUAAGAAUUUUAUUAUAUUAAAGUUAAUACACUAAUAAAAACAGAUUAAUGACAAAGGAGGAAGAAGAAGAAGAAGUAAAAGUAGACCCUAAAUAGGUAUGA